AUUAAGCUUAGCAGCCUGAGUGGAGAAAAGCCUCCACCAAUGAACUAACCAACCAACCAGGUCCAGUUUCUGUCUUUGCUGGCUUAUCUAGACCUGACUCACCUUCUCACUGACCAUCGUUUCUCGAGCCUAAGGAAUAAGGAAAUGUGAUGCCAUGCUGGGAUAUAAAUCUUCUAACAGCACUGGUUAAAGGAUUCAUUGAUAAUCCAUCUGGAUGUGUUUUUACAUGCUAGUUGUUUUAAAAAACUUAACAUGUGUCAACUUUUUUCUUUUUUUACAAACUGGUCUCUUAGACAACAGGGGUGAUGGCAAGUAAGCUUUCUACUGUCCUUUGUGUGUGUCUGGAAGGUGUGAAUAUGCGCUCAAAGCAUUUUGUGCUCAUCAGUGCUUGUAGGUGAGCAGCAAAUUGAGUCUCUGGGGAUCUGCGGAGGACACUGUUUACUAGCAAUGCUGGCUGUACACCUGUAGGCAACAAGUUGCUUGAGGAGAGACUGAGAGUUGGAGGGAAUAUCAGAGAGAGGAAGUUUGUUUGUAUGAAGUGAGGACCGACCUGUGGAGGUCAGCACACUGAUUUUCCUGGAAAUGGAGUGUCAUGAUUAUGAGCACUUUGGACGAGAAAGGGACAACUACGAGAUUGACUAUAGAAGGAUUGUAGGAGACACUGAACCAGCUUGGCCAUUCGCUUCAAACAGAGGAGGGGAUCCCUCUCAUCCAUGUGUGACCUAUGCCCACCCAACCUCACAUGGACAUGAGACGGCAGCGCAGAGAUACAGCGCCACACGCAUCCAAGCUGGAUACGGGCCAGAAAGCAUGGCAGAUUAUCUGAUCAGUGGAGGCACAGGUUAUGUACCUGAAGAUGGACUCACGGCACAACAGCUUUUUGUGAACUGUGAUGGGCUGACAUACAAUGACUUCUUGAUUCUCCCUGGUUUUAUAGAUUUUACUGCAGAUGAAGUGGACCUCACUUCUGCCCUGACAAAAAAGAUCACCUUGAAGACGCCUCUUAUUUCAUCUCCCAUGGAUACCGUCACCGAGUCUUUUAUGGCCAUUGCCAUGGCAUUGAUGGGAGGCAUUGGAAUAAUCCAUCAUAACUGCACAGCUGAGUUUCAGGCCAAUGAGGUGCACAAAGUUAAGAAAUUCGAGCAGGGCUUUAUAACAGACCCAGUAGUAAUGAGUCCCACUCACACUGUUGGGGAUGUGCUGGAAGCUAAGAUUCGCCAUGGUUUUUCUGGGAUCCCAGUGACAGAGACUGGAAAAAUGGGCAGCAAACUGGUCGGUAUUGUCACCUCCAGAGAUAUCGAUUUUUUGUCUGAAAAGGAGCACAACAGGCCUCUUGAAGAGGUUAUGACUAAACGAGAAGACUUGGUUGUGGCACCUGCUGGAGUCACUCUGAAAGAGGCUAAUGACAUUCUGCAAAGAAGCAAAAAAGGUAAACUCCCCAUCGUUAACGACAGUGAUGAGCUGGUUGCAAUCAUAGCUAGAACUGACUUAAAAAAGAACAGAGACUACCCCCUGGCUUCCAAGGACUCCCGCAAACAGCUGCUUUGUGGGGCUGCCAUUGGUACCAGGGAAGAUGACAAAUACAGACUGGACCUCCUUGUGCAGGCUGGAGUGGAUGUGGUAGUUUUGGACUCUUCCCAGGGAAACUCAGUUUAUCAAAUAAGCAUGAUAAACUAUAUUAAGCAGAAGCAUCCUGAUAUUCAAGUGAUUGGAGGAAAUGUGGUGACAGCUGCACAGGCUAAAAACCUCAUUGAUGCAGGCGCAGAUGCUCUCAGGGUUGGCAUGGGAUGUGGCUCUAUCUGUAUCACCCAGGAAGUCAUGGCAUGCGGAAGGCCUCAAGGUACAUCAGUUUACAAGGUUGCAGAAUACGCCAGGCGGUUUGGGGUCCCAGUGAUUGCUGAUGGAGGAAUUCAGACAGUGGGGCAUGUGGUCAAGGCUCUCGCUCUAGGAGCAUCUACAGUUAUGAUGGGGUCUCUGCUUGCAGCAACCACCGAGGCGCCAGGAGAAUAUUUCUUUUCAGAUGGUGUUCGCUUGAAAAAGUACAGAGGCAUGGGCUCUCUGGAUGCCAUGGAGAAAAACAACAGUCAAAAGCGUUACUUCAGUGAGGGAGAUAAGGUGAAAGUGGCACAAGGGGUUUCAGGAUCGGUGCAAGAUAAAGGGUCCAUUCAGAAGUUUGUUCCUUACCUUAUUGCGGGUAUACAGCAUGGCUGUCAAGACACAGGAGCCAAGAGUUUGUCUAUCUUACGGUCAAUGAUGUAUUCUGGAGAACUGAAGUUUGAAAAGAGAACCAUGUCUGCUCAGAUGGAAGGAGGAGUUCAUGGACUUCACUCAUAUUCUUUUGUGCCAUUCACAAGGAGCAACUUCCCUGAGACCGGAGGAAGAGGAGGUGCACGAUCAGGACCUAAUGUUCCAACUCCAGCUGCUUUGAGCAGAUGCAAUGGUCGCAUGUGAUGGAGGUCACCAACACAACGCUGCUGUUUUAGCCACACAACGUCACUUUAGAAUCUCACGCUGCUUUUUACUGCUUUUGGGAUGUCAAACAUAAGGGUUACAGUGUGUAGCUGGUCUAAAGCUGUCAUCAUAAAUCAAGGUUAAAGAGCGGGUAAUCUUGACUUUUUUUUUUUACAAGUCAUUGGUUUAGAAAGAAGCACAUGGUUCUCAAGUGCUUUUGGGCAGUACUGAUUUAGAGCAAUAAAAGACUUAUAUGCUGCUUUAGUAAAUUUCAAAUGUUUAAGCAAAAUUAGAGACUGAUGCUUUUGCUCAAUUUUAGUUUAUUGUUCACCAAACCAAAAAAAGCUUUGUGGUGUUUUACUGAGAGGGAACCCAGGGCUCUUGACACAUUUGAAUAAAAAAGCUUAGAUUAAAUUCAACUAUCAUAUUUGAGGCAGAAAAUUGAGAGAAAAACAAUGACUGAGCCUUCUCUUUACUUGACAUAGUUACUAAAGAUUGAUUUAGAAGUUGUCAGUUAAAGUGCAAUAAUACAUAUCGUCAAUAGUUGCUUUGUUUUCCUUUCUUUUUUCUUUUUAAAUUUCAAUAAAACUUCCUCCGAUAAAAGUAUUUAAGAGUUUAUUUUCAACUCAGAUCAUUUAAAGCUUCUGUUGUUUUGUUGUGUAUUGGAAUUGACUGAAUUUCUUCGAAGUCCUGUAAAGAGUGAAAAAUUAAAAAAAUUUUAGAAGA